AUGACAUAUGGACGAUACAGAAGCGAUGUGGCAACGCUGUACGACGUAUUCUGCGAACUUAGUGCUCCAAAACUAGGUGAAAAACGUGCAUCGCUUCGAUUCAAGUAUCCAGAUGAUUUUCACGAUCCAUCAAUUGUCAAAAGUAUUCAACAGUUUGCAUUUCCAUGCCAGCUCAAAGAUGUUGAAGUUGAUGCCGUCCAGCUGUUCAGUUUCGUUCUCACCGACUCGAAUUCCAAAUUCUCCUUCGGAUUCUGUCGUUACACACCGCGGACCGACACGUGCAUUUGCUUCUUGAGCGGAUUCUUCUGGCCAAAUGUUUUCUUCAAGGCGCUCAACGACAUCUCAUUGGUUAUGGGUUCCGCUCAACAGGAGGACGUCGAGUCGGUGCUCACAAAAUUCUAUCACACGGACAUACCAAACAUUGAUGAGUAUCUUCGAUUCGUCGACCACAAUCCAAAGCACAACUAUCGAAUUGUAUUCGCCGAGAAGAUUCCAGACCCAACUCGACUGCCAACAUUGAGUUCGGACAAGUACUUCCUCGAGUUCUACAAUGCCAUCGAUCCACGACAGACGCUUGCAAUCUUUGCCAGUCUUCUGAAGGAGCGACGUAUCUUGUUCACCGGACGGAAAGUUGGAACACUGAGCUCUUGUCUGCAUGCUGUCUCGAUGUUGCUUUACCCAAUGUGCUGGCAAUCCGUCUUCAUCACCAUCCUUCCAGAACCCUUGGUUGACAUGGUCAUGGCACCCAUGCCAUAUCUGAUCGGAGUCCCGAAGACGGUGCUCGACAACGCGAAGUUGAAUCUACGUGACAUAGGAGACGUUGUGAUUGUCGACAUCGAUGAGAAGACUUUGACAAGCCCGUAUGAUGACGUGGCGGCAAUGCCAGCUGAAGUCGUCGCCUUCUUGAAGCAACAGUUGCGAUCGCAGUUGGCCAUGGAUGACACCUUUGCUAAGCACUUCUUGCGUGCCAUGGUUCUUCUCUUUGGCGACUAUACCAGUGGAUUUGUGGGAGAGACUCCGAGUACAUUGAAGUUCAACAAGGAGAGAUUUAUCGCCAAUCAGAGACCGUCGUAUCAGUCGUACAUUGAGUCGUUGCUAGGUGCCGAUGGGGUUCAGUACUUGGAGAGAUUCAUCCAUGACCGUCUCGAGGUGUUCAAGGAGGGACACAUGCCAGGAGAUCAGUUUGAAAUUGAAAUCGAACAGAUGGAUUUGAAGAAUCGACCGGUCAAGGAGAAUGCCAGCGAUGUAAUCGGUGCACUGAAAACUUCUGGAUUCCAGAUUGCCAGCCGAUUACAACGUCUGACGCCUCGAGAGAUCCGAAAAGCGGCUGCAAAAAAGAAAUCGACACAGAAUGGAGUUGAGGCACCGCCAAUGUCGUUUGAUAAUCUUCAAUGGGAGGCAGCGAGAGACGAGGGAGAAGAGGACAAAGCUAUCGAAAAUCCGCACGACAAUGUACCAGUCGCCAAUUUGAUCGAUUUCGAUGGACCAACAACGAGCGGUCUCACUUCCGUCGAUGAGCAAUACUUUCUUCGUCCCGCAGAGCUCCCCACAAAUAGAAAAACGCCAUCACAACCCAUUCACAACGUUUUCGCCGACCCAUUCGCCACUUCUCCAGACGGUCCAGCUCCACCACUGCCAUCUCGACCACCUCCACCACUAGUUCCUCGCAUGAUUCCUGGCUCAUCGACCCAGCCGUUCCCGGCCAGCGGCUCAUCUGCUCCUCACCUUGUUCAGUUCAAUCAAGGCCUACAAUGGACUCAAAUCCGUCCGAUUGAGAGCAAUCCAACGCCUGCUAAUACAGCUGUAUGGCAACCGCCACCACCACUACCACCACGACGUCCCGCUUCGGUUGGUCCAUCGUCCGGGCAACCAUUUGCUGCUCCAGCUGUUCCGGCGGCCGUACAUGCGCCUCCACCACCACUACCCGCUCACAGAUGGGAAACGUUCGAGUAG